AGAGAGGAUGGAGAGUGAAAGCACCAGUGCUGACAAGGUGAGGGUGGCGAGGAGGGAGAAAAGGGGGGAGACAGAAAUACAGAAGGCAGCUGCUGCAAUGAGUAUCACUGCUGAUGUUUGUUGGGUCACAUAAGAGAAAGUGGGAAAGGAGAGACGAGGCAGAAAAAUGGAGAGGACUGACUGAUUGAUGAGUGAGGGAGUGUAAGAUGAGACACAGAGAGGAAGCAAUCUCCAAGACAAGGAUGUGUGUCUGGGAUACAUUUUACAUACAGUUUUAAGGGAAAACGUGUUUUAAAAAAAGGAUUUUAUACUCAUUAGUCAUAUGCAGUCUUCAAACAUGUGGAGAGGAAAAGUGACUUAUGGAAGCCAGCUUGAGAAAUCAUCAGCGUCUGUAGUGAUUAAGUGCUGGAAGGAAAAUUGUCCCUGUGUGCUGAUGACGACCCUUGUGUGUGAGUGUGUGAGAGUGAAUGUGUGUCUGUGAGGCGUGCUUUGCUUGGCCCAGGAGAACGAGGAAUAAAACAAGUGGUCUGCUGUCAAAGUACUGAAGGAGUGACAAUUUCCACCUAUCGAAGAGGGUCCCGGAUUGGUUAUGUCACGUGAACGGCUACCUCUCAUUGGUUCAUCUGCGAGUAAGACAACAGCCAAGCCAUCUCUCUCCUCCCCUGCUCUCCAGCGCCCCCAUCAGGCUAAUCACCAAACACGCAGCCAGCAGCAGACAACAUCCUCUUCCUCUCACCCUCAUCCAGGGCCUUCUUCCAUCCUCGUCUCAGACACCACCAUGACGCCUUGGGGAGGCCUGGCUCUCUCUGAAUCCUCUUUUACCUCAAUCCCCCCGCCACCCCCUCCACGGCCCCCUCCACCACCUCCCGCUCCUCAGCCCACGCCAUCCACUCCUUAUCGUGGGAGACAGAACGAAGACGAGGACGUUUCAAGUUCAAGUUUUAACUCUGAGGCUCCAUCUCCACCUGGUGCAUUCCCACAGGACAGUGUGGGUGGAGGGGGUAGAGGAUUACGGGCGAGGCGGAGGUUGUUGCCCCAGCGUCGGGUGUCACGUCCUCUCCGUCUCCCACCACUGCGUCCCGUCACCAACCUCAGUUUCUCUCGAAGCUUCACCUUCUCUUUCUUCGAGCUGCCGCUACACCAGUCUCCUCGCUGCCGGGCCGAACGCAUCAGAAACCUCAUGCUGCUUUUGAGACAGAUACACUACUGAAGAAUCAGUGUUGCAUGGACAGUUUUUAAUCAUUGAAAUGUACUUUUCUCAAUUAUAGUAUUUUGUUUUAUUAGUGCUACAUUUUAGAUAGAUAGAA